ACCAUUCCAAACAGGGUCCAAAAUUCUCUCUCCCCGCAAUCUCUCUCUCUCUCUCUCUCCAUAAAUACCGACCCCUCUCUUCCUCACCUUCCACAUCCUACAUUAACUCUCUCUCUCUCUCUCUCUCUCUCUCUCUCUCUACACACAGAGGGCCUUUUGUUAGAAUGGCAAAGGAAGUUGAGAAAACAGUAGUAACAGAGCAGGAGUUCUCAGCCAAGGAUUACCACGACCCGCCUCCAGCUCCGCUAGUGGACGUGGUGGAGCCGACAAAAUGGUCGUUCUACAGAGCUAUCAUUGCAGAGUUCAUAGCCACACUUCUCUUCCUCUACAUCACCGUCCUCACCGUCAUCGGCUACAAGAGCCAGAUUGACCCCAUCAAGAACCCUGACCAGUGUGGCGGUGUCGGCAUCCUCGGCAUCGCAUGGGCCUUCGGCGGCAUGAUCUUCGUCCUUGUUUACUGCACCGCCGGUAUUUCUGUAGUGUUGGAGAAAAUAGAUGAGCAAGAAGGUUUCAAGCUGUUUGGGACCACAGAUUCUCGUGAACCUGAAAAUGCAGUAGAAAUACUCGAGCAAAGGGAGCAAAAGGUCUUAUUUCAUGAAUCCACUGAGUUGGGAAGAGCAAGCAACUUGCGCAAAAGUUUAGAUUGGGAUACUGCUUUUUUCACCAGUGCAGGACUUCUAGAUCCAGAAGAGUUGUUUAUUAUAAAUAAAGGAUUUGAGAAGGUUGAAGCUCACCUAUUACCCGUAACUCAAGAAGAUCUGUGUACGCGGAGAUAUGCAGACUCAGAAUCUACAUUAGAUAGUGAUGACUUCUUUUUGGACAGCACCCAAAGCACUGAGGUUGAUUUGUUUGAAGAAAUAAGAGCACCCAUCGAGAAAUCCAAUAUAAUGUCCAAUAUUUACAAGUCAGUUUGCAAAUCAGGAGUUGGAGAAGCCCACAAACGGAAAACCCACUCCUUGAAGAAACUUGAUGACAUCUCUCGAAAUAGGGUGAAAUCCACACCAACUUCUAGAAGGCAAAGCGUCUAUAUGCAAGGAUCAAAAAGAGUUAAGGAGGUUGUCCAUCCACAAAUUGUCCAGGAUGCUAAAAAGAACAUGGUGUUAGUAGGACAAAGAAAAAAGAUUUCCUUAGGGGCGGACCAUGUCAAAAUGGGAAAUAAAGUUGCAACACUUGGAUCUGGAAAAGAUUUAGUAUCCAAGAAAUCUGGAUUGGGGAACUCAUGUUGUUCCACUAGCUCUACAACAUCCCUUGAAUCAUCUUCUUCAGUUUCUGUCACUACCAGUAAUGAUUCAUCAGCUUCUUGUUCUCCAUCUGGUAGUGCUUCGUCAUUGAAAUCUUCCUCAAACUCGAGAAGAAAAGCAGAUUCCAAGAAAAGUAGACUUGCUGCCUCUAGUUCAACCUCCAAGACUCCUCUCAGGUGCUUACUAGGAGACAAAAUUGUGUUGGAAAAUCCUGGUUUGUCCACCCCUUCAUUGUCCAUGUCAAACCAUUCUUCUAAUGAUCCUACAAAAUCGACCAGAAAUUUCAAACCUUCAUGUCUCCGAAUGCCAUCACCAAAGAUUGGGUUCUUUGAUGAGGAUGCUAAAAAGAAUGGUGAAGCUAAUUCAUUUCCAUUAAGCAGGAUGAACACGGUGUCAGCAGGACAAAGAAAAAAGAUUUCCUUAGGUGCGGACCAUGUCAAAAUGGGAAAUAAAGUUGUAACCCUUGGAUCUGGAAAUUUGAGAGGGAAUUUAACUCAUCUUGCUCAGUGGAUUCUCAGUGUUGGAAGGGACCAGUGUGGAGCUAAACAAUCCGGUCAGCUAGGUUCAUCUUCUCAAGCACUUGAUGGCAUCCUUGGUUUUGAACAAGCAAAUGCUUCCAUGAUAUCACAGCUUGCAUCAGUUGGAAAGGUUAAAAAAAUGUUUGCACAUUGCUUGGAUGGCACUAAUGGAGGUGGAAUCUUUGCUAUUGGAGCCAAAACUAAACUCCGUUGGUCCCAAACCAGUAUAUGAUUUUACAUCAUGAUUUCUAAUUUGCAGUGAAACUAUGAGAUAUUUUAAUUUUGGGAUGAGUUUUGUCUUCAUUACAAAAUUGGUAUUUGAAGUACUUUUUGCACCCUUUUGAUGGAAUGGAAGUGGUUAUUUAGCUUGGAUUUUA